CAGAAAAUCUGCACUUGAGUUUGGAAAGAGAAAAACCCUCGGUGAGCUAAUACACAGCCCAAACGUCUGUUCUAUCUUAAGAUGGCUGAUGUAGCACAAAAAGACUCUGAGCAACAUAACGGUUCAGACUUAAAAGAUGAUUCAGCUCAACCAAAAGCUGCCCCCAUUCCACCAUCAUGUCCCCAGCAUGACAGCGUGCCCCCCCCUCCAGCAGCCCCUGUGAGAGACACUUCCACACUAUACCAACAACGACAGAAAUCUGAGCUGAGACGCCUUCUGAAACACACCGACCCGGAGAUGAAAGGUCUGGGCAACUUGGUGGAAGAAGAGUUUGCUGAUAUGAGCUGUGACACAGCCCCAGAUAUUGUAUACCAGGGUGAGGUCCAUUCAAGGUGCAUGAUAUUUGAGAAUGGAGUUUACAACACUGGAGGUGCACACCUCAAACAAGCCCAUUUGAUUGAGGGGAGUUUUCAAGAUGGGAAUUUACUUGAGAGACCCUUGACUUGCUCUCAGGAAGAAGGGCCAAUGGCACAUUCUCUUUCUGGUUCUGGGGAGACCAACAAGCAGCUGUCAUCUUACUCACAACUUGACAUGAACUCACAGAAAGAAUGCAAAGCGCUUGCUCAAGAGGGAAAUUUCAGGGUAAAUGUUAAAGCCACUCGUAAAAUGUUUGAAGGCCAGUUAUAUGACACUUUGAAAGACAACAAGGAAGAUGCAUUUCCAGAGAGAGCAGUUGAAAUGGGUGGUGUCCAAAAACAAAAGCGAGACCUUGAGACUUACCAAAAUGAUACUGUCAAAAGAAACAGUCCUAUUAACAUUAUAGACAUUGCAGACAUUACAGAUCAAGAUGCUAGCGAAGUGUAUCUACGCAUAUCUAGAGCCAAAGAGAUAUUUGAAAAGGGAUCACAUGACAAGGAAAACAGUUCUUCUGCAAGUGAGAACACUAGUACAGAGAAUGAAACUCUGAAGACAAAUGUAAAGAACAGGGCCCAGAUGUUUGAGUCCAUGCACCCGGACAAGAUCAAUCUACAAAGUGAGGCAAAAUCAGCUACAAGAGAUGAGGGCAUCAGCAAGUCCUUGGCUUCCCUUUAUAACUUCAAUGUCAUCCAUUCCCAUGGAAACCUUAUUGAAGCCACUGAGGCUGCACAUAUGAAGAAGGUGAACUACAAAAUUAUCCAGGAGAAGGGUCCUGAAAUUGAACAUGAAGAGACGGUUAUGGGAAGUAUUAAGAACAUUUUGCUUCAGAUUUUGGCAAGAGUAAAUCUCAACUCUCUCAUUGGCUUCCUAAAAGAGGAUAAUCAGGGAAAUGUGGAGGUCAAGAAUGUGGAGGUACCAAGUCACCAACUUCCAUUCACAGUGCACCAAGACAAAGAAUACAGAACUACAAACAUGGUUCAGGUCAUUGAAGACCUGCUUGGUCAAGAUAUAUGUCCAGGAAAAGGAGUUUUAAUACAAGAAAAUGGCUUGGGAUCAGUGGAUAUAUUAGUUUAUACUCUUUUUAGACAGGAAAGCUUUGAUAGCAUAGCAAUAGAUCAAGAGAUAGAAGAUAAGAUGGAGUCAAAAGAAAUGAAGUCUUUGCAAAGUAGAAAUUAUAUAAUGCCAAGUCCACCGCCAUCCACCCAGGACAAGGCCUCAAGUUUAUCCAGACUUGAUGACAACAGGUCUAGUAAUGUGAAACUGUUUCAGAGCUGCAUUGAAAAGGGAAAUCUGGAUUACCUAAAGAGUCUGCAGAGACAUUCAUCAGAUGAAGAUCUAAGUGUCCCUGCUGUGGAAAGGGAGCAAAAUGUGUUGAUUGCACUUGGUAGUCACAAAAUAAUCAAAGCCAAGUUUACCACCAAUCCAGGCAGUUCUGGGUCCCCUGUGCAGCAUGAAAAAACUGUCCAACAGCCAUUAGAUGAUUUACCAGCUAAUCAAAGUGAUAAACUAUCAAGUCACACAAAGAAUGAAAAAUGUAUUACUGAAUGUGAAAAUGUUAAAUCUGAUAAAAUAUUGCAUGGUCAAGGUGCUAAAUACAUGUGCAAUGAAAACCCAGAUAACCCAGUUCAGGCAGAGCUGAAGAAUAUUGCAGAUAAUAAGAGCUCAAAUCUUCAAGCAGCUAUUGUGAGUCUUCAGCAGGCCACAAAGGAGGCAAUAGCUCUUCAACAAAGCAUUCAGGAGAAGCAAAAAGACAUCUCUCCAAGUAAGUUAACACAGGAAGAUACUGCUGUUGCUACAGAGAACCAAGAGAUCUCAGCUGACGAGAAAAAAGGUUAUAGUGAGGCGGCAGAGUGCUCAGAGACCUCUGAACCUGAACAGCAACAAAAAGACAGAGAAGAAGCCAUUAAAGGUAGUGUACAAUCAGCUCUUGAUUCCCUGGCAAAAUCUAGCUUCAACAUCAAUAAAGGGGACUUUAAAGCUGCAAUGAUUUAUAGGAACUCAGGGAAACCUUCUGCUGGGAAGAAAAAGGAAAUAUAUAUGGAGAUGGAUGUGAAACAGUCUGGUUUUAUGGUUGCACCCUCAAAAGAGAGCCAAGCAUGCAUGUUCACCCCCCUGCCUGGACAGGUGAUUGUAGAGGCUAAACAGGGGAGAGCUGAGGCAUGCCAAGGCCAUCUCACAAAGAACCCAACAGCAUGCUCCCCUACGGCUCAACAAACACACCCACAGAUGGCUUUUCACAACAGUAAAAAGCCCCUUGGACUGAAGCCAGCCAUUUCACCUAAGCCAGACCAUUUAAAGACAAACACAAGAUCCACUACAGUGACCAUUCCUGGGUGUGCAGCAAACAUCAGAGCCCUAAAUACAACCCAAGCCAAACUGAACUCUGCACCCACUCCUAAACAGUGUCACCAACAAUGCACGUAUUUGAAGCCAGCACAAGAAGAUGACUCAGUUAAAGCGUCACAAGAUAAAACUGAUGUUGACCGAUCAGAAACUGACUGUGUAUUAUUUAAUGAAGGGGAGAAAGACAAACAACUGAGCCAGGGCCCUAUCACUAUGGGCAAUCCUGAGGGAACUGAAGAGGAUACAAGGGACACAUUUGGGGAAGGUGAAGGGAUUGUUCCAUAUAAUAGACAAAACCUCCAUGAAUCUCCUAUAGGAUUUCAAGCUUCUCUGCAGAACUUUGGGAUAAAGACAGGUCAGGCCACAGCACCCGUCAAACCAAAAAGGAUCAAAAUGGCCACAAGCAGUGCUGUGCAGAGUCCCAGUCUUUUGCAGAUUAACACAAAUGACACCAAACCACAUGACAGUGAACAUGGGGGCCAAUCAGAGAUCAAUGUGAAAAUGAGAGAAAAGAAAUUGAGGGGAGAGAGUGAAGCAGAGCGCAGACAGAGGCUGUCAGUGCACAUGGAUGACAUCAUGAGAGGAAACGUAAGUGCAGCCAUGGAAAUCUUUGACAAGCUGAGAAAGCAAGAGGAGCUGCAAAACAUUCUCUCCAAAGUAGAAGAGAUGGAAGGAAAGACAAGCCAAGAGCACGUAUGUGACCUUAGGAAGAUAUUUCAGAGUGUGCCAGACUGGGCUGCGUCACAUGAGCACAUCAAGUCCAAUAAUGUAGUGGAGAAAAAGAAAGUUGGAAGAUAUGUCACUGUCUGUGAUUCAGAGAUGCUGUCAUCCAUGGAGGUGGCAUUCGGAGACCUUGAAAAGGCAAGUGCUGCAAUAAUUAAUUUAAAAGAACAAACACUGUCUAGACUUAUGGACAUUGAAGAAACCGUUAAGAAAGCACUUUACUCAGUCUCCACACUGAAAUCUGAUUCAGACAUUGCAGGGCUCUCUGGCCUGUUCAAAGAGUCCAUGAUGGCUGGGCAUAGAUUGCCAAUCUCAGGAAAUAUACGAAAAAUUAGCAUUGGAUCAAGCAGGUCUUCCAAAGCCCAGAAUGUGAAUAAUCUAGAAGUUCUCAGGAAAACUGCUGCUGAAGAACCAGUAAUUCUUGAAGAGAGAUCAAAGCCCCAAUGCAGUAUACCAACACCCAAGCCAACAGCAGGGUCUCCUUCCUCACCCUCCUUCAUUUGCAUCCAAUCAGCUGCCAGGAAGAACAAUGAAUCACAAGGGCUGCAAAAACCUCCAAGUAGUGUUCAGAAUUCAAACGCAAAGGCUGAGACCUUUCAGUCUAUGACCUGUUACAACAUGCCUACUGAUCUCAAACUUUGCAGUGAUACAAAGGGAACCUCUUGCAGCUCUGCCAAUAACAGGAGGCAGAUCAGCACACUGGAGGUACAAACCAUCCCUGAGGAAGAGACGGUCAUUGGCACCAAAACCAUCAGAGAGAAGUAUGAGGAGACGGAUGGUUUUGGCAACAAGUUUUACUCCUCCAAGACCUCCACUGUUGUGACCACUCAGCCUGAAACAAAAACAUGUUUCAGAAGAGAAGUGAUAAGCAGUCCUGCCAUGUCAGAAAUGAACACGUAUCCAAGGAUCAACACCCCCACUUUUAAAAGGGAUCAAACAUCUUUGUAAAAAAAAUAGAGGGAGAAGAUGAGUUUUAUCCUCAUAAUUUGGCUUUGUUUUAUUGUGCCUACUUGGUUUCCAGUUUAUUAGAACUAAUUAUAAUUAUGGUUAUGUUACAGUUUUAGUGGAAAAAUCAAUGUUGUUGUGUGAAUACAAAAUGUUAGGCAUAUAUUACUACAAAUGGAAAUGUAUUCCUGAAAGUAAGUGUUAUUUGUCAGGUUAGAUUUUUACUUGUACUUCUGCUGUAAGGGUUUUAACAAAAACAAUUAAAAUGUUUAUUUAUUCAUUUUUUAAGUAUAUUUAUUCAUAUUUAUUCACCUGUGAAGGAAUCCAACACAAGAAAUAUGAAAAAUAAAAAGUAGUUAAGUUUAGUAUGGCCUGUCUUCAUUUGACGGAUCCUACAAACAGUCACUAAUUAUAGUUAGUCACACUAAGCACCCUUAAUUAAGCAUUAAGUUAUACAGCAUAAUAUUACCACCAUGAGCAAUUAACGUUU